GCUCAGUUUUCAACCUGAACGCAACGUGUGCGGUUCUUUGCAGCGCCGAAAAUUCGCACUCUACGGUCCGGUCUUUGGUUUUCCACGGCACAAAAACCAAUCAAGUGCGCCAAUUAAAAAAGUAGUAAUCAAAACUGGGAAAUCCGGGAAAUAUAUGUGAAAAUAAUACGUUGGUAGGGGAAAUUUAUACCGCAGUAGAAGCCUUGCGGAAUUAUGAAAGAAUUCGGUGAAUAAGAGCACACGGCUAACGAACUGUAAAUACGCGCUAUCUUCCACAUCGAGGGCGCUCAACAGGCAACCAACAGCUGAUUAAACGCCCAUUCCGUGCGUUUCCUACAUUGUAUAUUUAAAUCUCGGAUUUUUCGGCCUAAAAGCCAUUAAGAGAGGGCCGAACGCUUAAAGAGAGCUAUAGAGUGAAAGCUGAGGAGAAGCAAAACGGAGCAUAAACAUGAACAGCGAUGAGGUGCAACUGAUCAAGAAGACCUGGGAAAUCCCCGUGGCAACACCCACAGAUUCUGGAGCGGCGAUACUGACGCAGUUUUUCAACCGCUUUCCGUCCAACUUGGAGAAGUUCCCCUUCCGCGAUGUUCCACUGGAGGAGCUAAGUGGAAAUGCUCGCUUCCGAGCACAUGCCGGCAGGAUCAUUAGAGUCUUUGACGAGUCCAUCCAGGUCCUGGGCCAGGAUGGUGAUCUGGAGAAGCUGGACGAGAUCUGGACCAAAAUUGCCGUUAGUCACAUUCCGCGGACCAUUUCCAAGGAGUCUUACAACCAACUGAAAGGAGUUAUCCUGGAUGUGCUGACAGCAGCCUGCAGUCUGGACGAGAGUCAAGCGGCCACGUGGGCCAAGCUGGUGGACCAUGUCUACGGAAUCAUCUUCAAGGCGAUCGACGACGACGGCAACGCCAAGUAGAUGAGGCAGCUGGAGGUGGAGAUGCAACCGAAUCCGUGGAAGGAUGCAACUGAUGCCAGCCGGUGGCACUUGCAACACAUGCACAGCUUAUGUAGUUCUAAGUAAUUGAUAAAUGUUAGCUAUUCUCGUUUUGUAAUAAUGAAUGCGAAUGUCCAAAACAAAAAUACACACACACAGUGAAAACUUAUGUCUGCGUAGAGCUACUCACACACGCGCACACCCCACACACAUACACCCGCACUUGCAUUGCUCUGUAAAGCUUUAACCCAUUGUCAGCCUUAAGCACUUGAUAGCAAACAAUACAUGGAAUCAGCAAAGGAGAAAUAAGAAAGCUUAUGAAUAAAAUCCAGUUUGAAAGCAUA